GCCGCCGCCGCCGCUCGCUGCCCGCCAUUUUGGAUCCGCGGCCGCCCUCAGGAGUGAGGGGCGAAGCGAGCGAAAGGAGCCAGGCCGAGGCCUCCUCCUCACCCCCUUCAGCAGCAGCAAACCGGCCUUGCGAGAUGAGGAGGCGGCGGCCUGGCCGCGAUACGUGAGAAGAUGUUGGCCACCGAUGUCCGGGAAGAGCGACCCACGGACCGCCUGCCUGCCAUCUUUUAAGAGGAGAAAUUUUGCCACGGCACAUAACUGGGAUGGACCCUCAGCAUACUGCUAUGUUAGGGUUGGGCUCUGGUUCUGAAGGGUUUGCUGGGAAGAGCCCCUCCGCGGGUGCCACGGGAGCUAGGCGAGAAGCAGAGGUUGAUGGUAGCGCAAAGGAGGAAGAGGAGGAGAAGAGGAGGAGCCGGGAGAAGAGUGGCAGCGAUGAGGCGGGGAAAGAGGGAAGCCUGUCCGAUGCCCAGCACCAGUUUUCUGUGAAGGAGACAAACUUUUCCGAAGGGAAUUUAAAACUGAAAAUUGGCCUCCAGGCUAAGAGAACUAAGAAACCCCCCAAGAACUUGGAAAACUAUGUAUGUCGCCCUGCCAUAAAAACCACUAUUAAGCAGCCCAGGAGGGUGCAGAAAGUUGGAAAGAUGGGUGAGGAGAAGAACGAGCCAGGAUCUGCGAAGCAGGACCCCUCGAAGCUGUACAAGAAAAGUGGAGAGGCUGGCCCAGCAACGGUGGAAAGCUUGCUUGCUGAGAGCAGAGCCAGAGCCAGCAGCCCAGCUUUGAAGAAGCUUUCCCCGCUGCGUUCAGAAGGGCUGGAGUACGUGAAAUCAGCAUUCUCCGCUCCCAUCGGCGGCCGCGAUCCCGACUUGAAAGAGAGAGCCCAGGUCAACGGACCCCCGACGGUAACGGAGAAACUGGCCCAGCUGAUCUCAACCUGCCCUCCAGCAAAGUCUUCCAAACCAAAGCAGAAGAAGCUGCCCAUGACGGUCAUGUCCGGAUUUGCUAAGGAUUCCGGAAAGAAGCUGCCGACGGCUGGGGCCGCUGCGGCUACUGCGACCAAGGACUUCCUGAAGAAACCAAUUUCAAGUGGCUCCCUCAGCCUCGACUUGGGCAACAAGGAGUUUGCCAAGAAAGCAUCAGGAGCCGGUGGCAGUUCCGGGGGUUUAAUUAGCAAGGAAAACGGGAGCAAAAAACAGCCAGGGUCCUGUCCAAGCAUGUCUGGGCUCACCAACAAAGACUAUGAGAAAAGGCCAUCCGUUCUUAGCUCUCCGGUCGGACCUGUCAGCAAGGAAGGCGGAAAAAAACCACUGCUUGUGACAAGCAUGGCACCAUCUGGCAUGGCCAGCAAAGACUGCGGCAAAAGGCUGCAGAUGGGGACCAGCAGUCCCAUCGGAUUGGUCAACAGGGAUCCCGGGAAAAAAUCCCUCAGCAUGGUCAGUCCGCCCGGAUUGAUUCAUAAAGACUCACUGAAGAAGCUUCCGUUACCUGGAAGCGCAGUUGGAUUAUUUAAUAAGGACGUUGCAAAGAGACACCUGGGGUCCGAUGGUCCGGUCGGAUCGGUCAGCAAGGACUCGGCAAAGAAGCCGCAGAGUUUUGGGACCUCGAGCGGAUCGAUUAACAAAGAGUCCGGAAAGAAGCCAUCAGCAGCCGGUCCCCUAAUUGGGUUGAUGGCAAAAGAAUCCGGCAAGAAACACAUGGGGGUGGGCAUUCUCGCCUCUCUGACUUCAAAGGACUCUGGGAAGAAAUCGAUUGGGAGCCCCAAUUUGGUGGGCUUAGCCAGCAAAGACUUGGGGGUGCUGAAAGCCGACACCGCUAACCUUCCGGCAGAGCCCUACAAGCGGUGUUGUGGCAGCGGCUUGGCCCCUCUGGAAAGCCACGUGCCCGCUGGGCUUCUGAAGGACGGGGCUGGGGGCAGUAAACCAUUUGAAAAGCACCUGGUGAGACAAAGCAAAGACAGCCUCCCGGAAAAGUUGCCGUCCCAACGAGAAGUUUCCAGCGGAGGCAAAGACGGGGCCUGCAGUCAGCAGGAGAUCUCCCCCAGCGAAAGGGGCCCAUCCGAAUCCUCAAAGCAAGAGAAACAUCUCCCGGUGUAUUGCACUUCUCCUGAAUUUAGGACCGCCGGAGGCGCUUCGGAGAUCUCGACUGCCAAGUCUCCGUUUAGUGCUGUAGGGGAGGGGGGCCUUCCCUCCCCUUCGCCAACUGCCUCGGUUGCUACUCUAACCCAUAGCCCCCCAACGGCACUAUCUCAGGUCCCUUCCAACCCGUUACAUUCAAACCACAUGCCGGAUCUCUUAGACAGCCUGUCCGAACAGAGCAGCAAGACACCAUCUGCCUCCGACGGCGCCCGCUCUGGUAUGAACAGGCUGGGGAAUCCCGGCUUGUACGCGACCAGCAAAGGGGUCGUUCGAGAGUUGAGCAAUCCCAAUUCAGUCUGCACGGAGGAAUCGAAACUGGGUCUAGCCUCAGGCAAGAAAGCCAGCCUAGUCAGCGAAAGCAACCUCCAUGCUUCCAUCGCCCCUUCGGUGGUCAGCUUCUCCAGCUUGUUCAACAACAAGCCCUUUCUAAAGAUGGGGUCCAUGAGCUCCUUAGGGAAACCGAGGCAAGGCCUGGAGAUCCUGAGGGGGAGCAAUAGCGCCGAUUCCCAGGGCAAGGCCUUCAAGAAACGGAAAGGGAGGAAACCCCGUUGGACGAAAGCCUGCCGGUCUCCCAAAGAGCUCGAGUUAGAGAGGCCCGAGCUUUUAAAAAACGUCUCUUGUGGUCCACUGUCCAGCAGCAGCAGCAGCCUGGACCAGGCCAAGCUCUUUGAAAGCACGGGCCCCCCGCCCACCUUCGCCGAACACGACUUCCUGAAACGCCAUUUACCCAAGCUGAGCAAAAGCAGCAGCCUGCAGUCCCUCUCUCUGCUGGGCAGCGUGGAGAAGGAAUCAGGGAAGUUCUACAGCACCCACAUGCCAGCGUCCGUGGGCUGCCUGUCGGACGAUUUGUUCCCCGACAUGUACAAGUCCAAACGGAACCGGUCAAAAUCCAAGGAGAUGCCCCAGUUGGAAGGGCCACCCAAACGGGCCUUGAAAAUCCCCGCCUCCAAAGUCUUCUCGGUGCAGUCCAAGGAAGAGCAGGAACCUCCCGUCUUGCACCCAGAAGUGGAGAUCCCUUCCCUCCGCCAGAGCCUCGCUGGGCAAGCUUUCCCGAAGAAGCGGGGCCGUCCGAAACGGCAGAUCCGCUUGGGGAUCAAGAUGAAGCCGCCCAUCCUCUCCGUCGCCCCUUUUGUCACUCCCGAAAAGGCGGACAAGACGGAAGACACCAUGGACCAACCACCGCUACCACCGCCGAGCGGGGACUUUUUCGAAAGCCGCAGCCAGCUCAGCAACACCGAAGACAACGGAGACUCGAGCGCCGGCAGCGCCAGCGAUCCAGAAGGCGAACCAGAGCACAAGGAAGUCAAACGUAGCAACGGUCAGCUGGUGAAAACCAUCAUUCGGAAAAUCAACAAGAUGAAGACCCUCAAGAGGAAGAAGAUCCUGAACCAAAUCCUCUCCUCUUCCUCGACGGAGUCCAGUAAGGGGAAAGUCCAAUCCAAAGCCCACACUAGCGUCUCCAGCUUGGCGGCCACCUUCAGCACCAAACUGGGCCAGCAGAUCAACGUCAGCAAGAAAGGAACCAUCUACAUAGGAAAGAGACGGGGUAGGAAGCCCAAAGCCAGCUUGACCAGCCUUCUGGCGGCUGGUUCGAGUUUUGCCGUCCUGGAGAAAUCAAGCCAACAGGCCAGCGGAGGGAUGCUGGGACAAGCAGGCGCCCCCUUGCUCCCAUCCGGCCCCAGUGGCAACCCCGAGGUUCUUCCGUCCCCUGUUUGCUCACAGUCGUCGGGCACCAGCGGAGGACAGAGCCCCAUCAGCAGCGACAUGAGCUUUGUGGAGCCCAACUCGGUGCCCUGUUUCCACCUGCACAGCCGACAAGGGAGCGUGGUUCAAACCUUGGCGAUGAGGAAGGCCUCGCGGGCCAGGAGGAGGCUCUCUCCCCCUACACUGCUCCCCAACUCCCCUUCCCACAUGAGCGAGUUGGGCUCCCUGAAGGAAGCCACCCCGUCCCCCAUCAGCGAGUCCCACAGCGACGAGACCGUGCCCAGCGACAGCGGCAUCGGCACCGAUAACAACAGCACGUCGGACCGGGCGGAGAAGUUCUGUGGGCCGAAAAAGCGCCGGCACUCCUUCGAACACGUCUCUCUGGUGGCCCCCGAGGCCUCGGCCGUCCUGAGCAGCCUGAAGGAGAAACACAAGCACAAGUGCAAGCGCCGCGGCCACGACUACCUGGCCUACGACAAACUGAAGCGGCCCAAGCGCAAGCGGAAGAAGAAGUUCCCGCAGCUGCGGGGCAGGCAAGACCCCGAUUUCCUGGCCGAGCUGGAGGAGCUGAUCAGCCGGCUGAGCGAAAUCCGCAUCACGCACCGCAGCCACCAUUUCAUCCCCCGGGACCUGUUGCCCACCAUCUUCCGUAUCAACUUCAACAGCAUCUACAGCCACCCCAGCUUCUCCCUGGACCCUUUGCACUACAUCCGCAAGCCAGAUUUGAAGAAAAAGCGGGGGCGCCCCCCCAAAAUGCGGGAAGCCAUGGCCGAGAUGCCCUUCAUGCACGGUCUCAGUUUCCCGCUUUCUGGUACCGGAUUCUACCCUUCCUACGGCAUGCCUUAUUCUCCUUCGCCCCUGGCGGCACCCAUCGGCCUGGGCUAUUACGGACGCUACCCCCCCACCCUUUACCCUCCUCCCCCCUCCCCUUCGUUCACCACCCCGCUUCCUCCCCCCUCUUACAUGCACGCCGGCCACCUGCUCCUCAACCCCGCCAAGUACCACAAGAAGAAACAUAAGCUGUUGCGCCAGGAGGCUUUCCUGACCGCCAGCCGGGCCCCGCUUCUCUCCAUGAGCACCUACCACCCCAGCGUCCCGCCCGAGAUGGCCUACAGCUGGAUGCUGGAGCACAAACACCGUCACCGUCACAAACAUCGGGAACACCGCUCCUCGGAGCAGUCGCCGGUCUCCCUCGAGGCCUUGGCGCCCGCCGGCUCUUCUUCGCGGACGGUCUUGGAGUCCCUGAAGCGCUACCGGUUCGGCAAGGAAGCCGUGGGCGAGAGGUACAAGCAUAAGGAGAAACAUCGCUGCCACAUGACUUGCCCGCACCUCUCGCCCCCCAAGGGGCUGCUGGGACGAGAGGAGCAGUGGUCCCGGCGGGAGACUGCCGAAAACGGGCCCCGGACUUUGGGAUUACAGACCCCUUUGCAGAUAGACUGCUCCGAUUCUCCUCCCAACCUCCCGCUGGGGAGGUUCACUCCGAGUUCCGAGCCGGCCAGUAGCGAUGAACACACCAAUCUCUUUACCAGUGCAAUAGGCAGUUGCCGCUCCAUGGGUUCGGCCGGCGGCCGUAAGAAACUGUCCGAGGGCUCUGGACUUUUCAGCCCCCAAGAAGGAUCGCUCGGCCGACCCCUCCGGAAGGAGACCUUGCCUCCGAUCGAGAAGGUCGUGCAGGGGGUUUCAGGCACCCUUCCAGGUCAGGAGAAGCUCUCCCAGAGAUCAGUGGAGAGCACCAGUUGCAGUCCUUCCAGGAAGCGGUCUUCCUCCGAAAGCACAUCUUCCACAGUCGUUGGGAUCCCGUCGCGCGGUUCCAGAAUCGGCUCCUCCAUGGAAGAUCCCGCCGACCACCUCCUGCAGCGCAUGGCUCACCACGAGACCCAGGGAGCCUUGGACAAGACCCUGGAGUCCGUCUUGGCCAGCGUCCCCACCCUGCCCUCGGACAGCCCCAGCCGGAGCCCCAGCCGGGAGAAAUCUUGCGAUCUCUUGCUCCCCGGGAAUCCCGGCGACGGCCUCUCCCUCCUCUCCGGCCGCUCCCCGCACCACCACUUCAAGAGGAGCAUGGUGGAAGCCAUUCAAAGCCAGACCAGACGGAUGUGCAGUUACGACAAGAUCUUGGCCACCAAGAAAAACUUGGACCACGUCAACAAGAUCCUCAAAGCCAAGAAGCUUCAAAGACAAUCACGGACCGGCAACAAUUUCGUGAAACGCCGGCCGGGGAGACCCAGGAAAUACCCCUCGGCGCCGGUGGUCUCCUCCCACGGACUGCAAGUCAGCCGAUUCCUCGGCCCCGAGCUCAGCAGCACCAGAGAGCCCGACUGUCUCCUCCACUGUGGCCCCGACACCGUCACCGACGCCAUCGAGUCGGUGGUCCAGGGCGUGACCGAGAAAGGGUCAAAGAGGAAACGGUGGCUGGAAGAAGAGCUGACGAGGAAGAAGCAGAAACUGCUCCCCGGCGAGGAGCAAGAGAGCCAUAAAAGGUUCUCCCGAACCCCUACGAACACUCCUCCCUCCUCGGAGGCUGCUGGGAAGCCCCCGGAGAAAGCCGAACGGCCGCCGGCCCCCCUGGUCCAGCGCGAGAAGAAAGUGGCCCGCCCACCGAAAAAGAAGUACCAGAAGGCCGGCCUCUAUUCGGACGUCUACAAGACCAGCGACCCCAAAAGCCGCCUGAUCCAGUUAAAGAAAGAAAAACUGGAAUACACGCCCGGAGAGCACGAAUACGGCUUAUUCCCCGCGCCUAUUCACGUAGGGAAAUACCUUCGGCAAAAGCGAAUCGACUUUCAGUUGCCUUACGACAUUCUCUGGCAGUGGAAGCAUAACCAGCUGUACAAAAAGCCAGAUGUUCCACUUUAUAAAAAGAUCCGAUCAAAUGUUUAUGUGGACGUCAAACCUCUGUCUGGUUACGAAGCCACCACUUGCAACUGCAAGCAGCCCGACGACAGCCGGAAAAGCGGGUGCCUGGACGACUGUUUGAACAGGAUGAUCUUCGCCGAGUGUUCGCCCAACACGUGUCCCUGCGGGGAGCAGUGCUGCAACCAGCGCAUCCAGAGGCACGAGUGGGUGCAGUGUCUCGAACGCUUCCGGGCGGAGGAGAAAGGCUGGGGCAUCCGGACCAAGGAGUCCCUAAAAGCCGGGCAGUUCAUCAUUGAGUACCUGGGGGAGGUCGUCAGCGAGCAGGAAUUCAGGAACCGGAUGAUUGAGCAGUACCACAACCACAGCGACCACUACUGCCUCAACCUGGACAGCGGGAUGGUGAUUGACAGCUACCGCAUGGGGAACGAGGCCCGUUUCAUCAACCACAGCUGCAACCCCAACUGUGAGAUGCAGAAAUGGUCGGUCAACGGCGUUUACCGGAUCGGACUCUACGCUUUGAAGGACAUGCCAGCCGGCACAGAGCUGACUUACGACUACAAUUUCCACUCCUUCAACGUGGAGAAGCAGCAACUCUGCAAGUGCGGCUUUGAGAAAUGCCGAGGGAUCAUCGGCGGCAAGAGCCAGCGAAUGAACGGCCUGCUCAGCAAAGCCAACCAGAUGGUCACGGCACAGAGGCGGCCGAGCCGGUCCAAAGAGAAGAGGAAGUCCAAGCACAAGUUGAAAAAGAGGAAGGGCCACAUUCCCGAAGAGCCCAGCGAUAACGCCACCCCCCCAACUCGGCUGACUCCCCAACUGCAGAUGAAGCCCAUGUCCAACAGGGAAAGGAAUUUCGUGCUGAAACACCACGUUUUCCUGGUACGCAACUGGGACAAGAUCCGUCAGAAGCAGGAGGAGGUCAAACACGACAGCGACAGCCUCCACUCACCCUCGUUGUACACCCGCUGGAAUGGGAUGUGCCGCGACGAUGGCAACAUCAAAUCGGAUGUCUUCAUGACCCAGUUCUCCGCCCUGCAGACCGCCCGCUCGGUGAGGACGCGACGGUUGGCGGCCGCCGAAGAAAACCUGGAAGUGGCCCGAGCAGCGCGCCUCGCACAGAUCUUCAAGGAGAUCUGCGACGGCAUCAUUGCCUACAAAGAUUCCUCCAGGCAAGUCCUGGCCACCCCUUUGCUGGUUGUCCCUCCGAAAAAAAAGAACGCCGAUUACUACGAGAAGAUCUCGGACCCCCUCGAUCUCACCACCAUCGAGAAGCAGAUCCUGACGGGCUACUACAAAACGGUGGAGGCUUUCGACGGGGAUAUGCUGAAGGUUUUCCGCAAUGCCGAGAAAUACUACGGCCGCAAAUCUCCGAUCGGGCGGGACGUCUGCCGGCUGCGGAAAGCCUAUUACAACGCCCGUCACGAAGCGGCGGCUCAGAUCGACGAGAUCGUGGGUGAGACGGCCAGCGAGGCGGACAGCAGCGAGACCUCCCUGUGCGAGAAGGAGAGCGGGCACGAGAAGGACGAAGACGUCAUCCGUUGCAUCUGCGGCUUGUACAAAGACGAAGGGCUGAUGAUCCAGUGCGAAAAGUGCAUGGUUUGGCAGCACUGUGACUGCAUGGGUGUGAACUCGGACGUUGAACACUACCUGUGUGAACAGUGCGAGCUGCGCACAGUGGAUCGGGAGGUACCGAUGAUUCCCCGGCCUCAUUACACCCAACCCGGCUGCGUUUACUUCAUCUGUCUGUUACGGGACGAUCUCUUGCUCCGCCAAGGAGACUGCGUGUACCUGAUGCGAGAUAGCCGAAGAACCCCCGACGGCCACCCGGUCCGGCAGUCGUACCGCCUGCUGUCCCACAUCAACCGCGAAAGGCUGGAUAUCUUCCGGAUCGAGAAGCUGUGGAAAAAUGAGAAGGGGGAACGUUUCGCCUUCGGCCACCACUACUUCCGCCCGCACGAAACCCACCACUCGCCCUCCCGCAAGUUCUACCACAACGAGCUCUUCCGGGUGCCACUGUACGAGAUCAUCCCUCUGGAGGCGGUGGUGGGGACCUGCUGCGUGCUGGAUCUCUACACCUACUGCAAAGGAAGACCCAAAGGGGCGAAGGAGCCAGACGUUUACAUCUGCGAUUAUCGGCUGGACAAGUCGGCCCAUCUCUUCUACAAAAUCCAUCGUAACCGCUAUCCAGUCUGCACCAAAUCCUACGCCUUCGACCACUUCCCGAAACGGCUGGCGCCGAAAAGAGACUUCUCGCCUCAUUACGUACCUGACAACUACAAGAGGAACGGAGGCAGGUCAUCUUGGAAGUCCGACCGCUCCAAGUCCCAAAAUAAAGACCUGCCUCAGGAGGAGGAGCCUCUCCCCCUUCCGGAAGAGGGGAUCGCCAAUCCCGAGCCCCCUCCUGGAGAGCCGCCAGCCCACCCCGAGGAGCCCGAGAAAGAGGCCCCUUCCCUGGAAAACGUCGAGCUGGAUAAAAAGGCAGAGGAGGGCAGCCCCGAGCCCAGGGAGCCUUGCAGCCCGGAAGAACGCCGGCACCUGCAGCGGGAGCGGCUGAACCAAAUACUCCUCACCCUCUUAGAGAGAAUCCCAGGAAAAAACGCCAUCGACGUCACCUACCUGUUGGAGGAAGGCUCCGGAAGGAAGCUGCGACGUCGCACCCUCCUCCUCCCCGAGAGCAGCUGCAGGAAGUGAACCCGCGUCCAUGUGUUUUUCUCCCCUCCCGCACACUGCCCGCGCGCCCCUCCCCCUCACCCCCUGCAGCAAGGGUGCGUCUUGCAAUUCCUCCGGGCGUUAAGACUGACAGCCGGGCCGGGAUUUUUGGACUUUCCGCCAUCCUGCGUCUCUCAGCCCUCCUGGAAGAAGCAACCGGUGGCAAGAAGAGGCCGAAGCCCUCGCGGUCCGGCCGAGCAGAAGGAAACUGACGAAACGGUUCUGUAGCACUUAGUCCCUGCACUUGGGCAGGCAAGCCCCCUCCCACCCACUCACCCCCUCCCCACCCACAUCCCCCAGGAGC